AUAAAUCUAUGUUUGGAAAAUAUUUCUUGUAUCUCUUUAAAUUAAACAAAUAAAAUAUUUAUUAUUCUGUUAAUCGUAGGCGAUUAGGGUUUGGAUGUCGUCGGAGAAGGUGGGUGUGGUCGUCCUGGGCGAUAUACUUGAGCAAAUACUGGUUAGAUUGGAUUUGAAGGAUCUCAUCCAAUGCAAAAGAGUCUGUACGUCAUGGCAUUCUUUAGUCUCCUCUUCUCGUUUUGCUAUUUCCGUUUUUAUUAGUAAUAAACAGAAUACUAGUAAUAAUAAGAGGCAGAGGAUCUGUAUCAAUGAGGAUCGUUUGAGAAAGAAUCUUGUUGGUUCUUCCAAUGGCCUUGUAUGCAUCUUUACCCGCAAUGCUGAAAUUGUAGUAGCUAAUCCCUUAACGGGAGAGUUGAAAAAACUCAAAAAUCCGGAGUUGAAAAAACUCGAAAACCCUCGUCAUGGAGUACGAUCUCUUUGUAACAACCUAUGGUUCCUCGGUGGUUUUGGUUACGAUUCAUGGUCAGAUGACUACAAGGUCAUUUUAGGGACACGGCAAUACGAUGCGGAUUUUAUGCGAUUCCAUGUGCUUUCUUUGAAAUCAAAUGUUUGGAAAAUUGCUGGAGAGGCAAAAUGUAGUUUCAUUUGUAUAUCCCGGUACCCCUACUCUUAUAACAAAAAAGAUACUUGUGGUAUCUUAUGCAAUGGGGCAAUCCACUGGUUUGUGUUAGAUCAACAUAAGAAUCCAAUGAUUCUUUCUUUUGAUUUAUCCACAGAGGAAUUUAAAGAAAUCCCCCAACCUGAUGAUCCGAGUUAUAAGUAUACUGCUCAUACUAAUUACCGUCUGGGGAUGGUUGAAGAAAGUUUGUGCAUAUAUAACGAUCACCUUCCCAAUUGUGCAAAAUUAGUCAAAACGCGUUCUUGUCCCAAAUGGGUAAUGAAAAAGUACAAUGGUAAACAGGGCUGGGAACUGCUUCCACAUCAUGCUCAGUGGGAUAAUGAUGUCGCACUUCGAUUAAAAUUGGGGAUCUUUUUCAAUAGUGUCAAGAAAUCCUUCUUUCAUGAACGUAAGCAAUGUGUACACAAGACUUCGGAAUAUAUUAGUGCCCCUAUGUAUGUACAGAGCCUUGUAUCUCCUCAAGUUAAUGAAAGACCAAAGAGUCCUGUAUCUCCAGGGGGAGCAAAAAGUCUUCUAUAUCAUCAUGUUAGCGAGAGAUCUAUGAGUAAUGUAUCUGGACAUGUUAUUGGGGGGCUUAAAAGAAAGAGGCAUACACAGAAUGGAUAUCAAGAGCGUUAAUUAAGGGAUAAUAGGAGAUGCUGCGGUUCCCACACAGAGGGGCGAGACUGAAUUUGAUGCUGUUGAUUUGCUGAAGGAUAUACGAGGAGAACACAUAGUGGUACGGGUGAUCUUUGUUUAUCUUUCUAUUGGACCUUGUUUUAAGCAUGUGUUUUUCCAUUAGGGAUCUAUAAUCCAGUUAUUUCUAUUAUCUUGUGUUUUAUGGAUUUCAGUAUCUGUGUUGGAUGAUUUCUUAAAGUGUUCCAAAAUUGAUACUUAGUGCGUUCA